GAAAUGCGAGCCUAUCGAUAGGCCGGCGCGUUGCGUGACUGCUUUCUCCGCGACAUCGGGGCGAGGGAUACGGACUUUCCAAGUAGUACUGCGCUCUUCUUUCUUUCUUCAUUGAAUCAUUAAUUCUGCCUGCAUAGUAAGGUGUUUAUUGUCUUCGCGUACAUUCUUCAAGUCGCAUCGCGAUAGCGCCUGUCGCCCCUCCCCCACUAGAACACGGCGCAACAUGAGCGCCAUUCUUUCGGCAGACGACCUCAACGAUUUUAUUUCGCCGGGUGUCGCGUGUAUAAAGCCUAUAGAGACGCUUCCAGUGCAACAAGCAGAUAACUCGGAUCCAUACGAAGUCACGACCGAAGAGAAAGCCGCUGCAGCAGAACCGCCACCACCCGCUUCAAUAUCGCUUACGGACUGUCUCGCGUGCUCAGGCUGUGUAACGAGUGCAGAGGCAGUACUAGUUUCGCUACAAUCGCAUACCGAGGUCCUCACAACGCUCGAUACCUACCCGUCGUUACGCACACCGUGGCUGGCACAUAAUGGCACAAAUGGGGCAACAAAUGGACAUACCAGUAACGGUGUGACGAACGGUGUAAAUGGACACAAUGCCCAAGGAAAGCUGUUCGUCGCCAGCAUCUCACCGCAGACUCGCGCAAGUCUGGCGGCCGUCUUUAACGUUUCUGAGGUAGAAGCCGGAAAUAUGAUUGCGCAGCUCCUCAGUGGACCCUCAGGCUUGAAGUCUGGUGGCCACCAGGGAAGUGACUUCACAUGGGUCAUCGACACCAAUGCCAUGCGCGAAGCCUGCCUCGUAGCGGCGGCGGACGAGGUUACAAAUGCUCUAUCUCCCGAAGCACUCAAGGCAUCUCCAAAGCCUGGCUCUGAGGGCGCAAUAGAUACCACACCGAAAGCACCCAUUCUUACGUCGGCCUGCCCUGGCUGGAUAUGCUACGCCGAGAAGACACACCCAUAUGUCCUUCCACAUCUCUCGCGGCUCAAGUCGCCGCAAGCACUUACCGGCACAUUAAUCAAGUCAGUACUCAGCGAACGUUACAACGUGCCACCGUCUCAGAUAUGGCAUCUCGCAAUCAUGCCAUGUUUCGACAAGAAACUCGAGGCUAGCCGUGGCGAGCUCACCUCCGCUGCCUGGUUACCUAGCUAUGAUCAAUCUCAGGACAAGAUAAGAGACACCGAUUGUGUGAUUACAGCCCGUGAGCUACUACACCUUGCAGCUGCUCGUGGUAUCAACUUUGCUUCUCUUCCACGAACACCGCUCUCCUCUGCCGAUCGAACACCCUUCCCAGACUCAAAGAUCGACGCUUUCCUAUUCCCUCCUUCGCGCCGGAAGAAUCAGAGCGUAGCUGCUGGGCCCUCCGGUGGAUAUCUACAUCACAUACUACAAACAUACCAAGCUCAGAAUCCGGGAUCCUCGAUAUCAGUCGCAAGAGGGCGGAAUGCCGAUGUGGUGGAGUACUCGGUCGUCCGUGGCUCAGAAACAAUAAUCAAAGCAGCACGGUUCUACGGUUUCAGGAAUAUCCAGAACUUGGUACGGCGACUUAAACCAGCCAAAGCCAGUAGGUUACCAGGCGGCAAAACAGGUGUAAGCAGAAGGCCAGGUGGUGCCACAGCCGCAGGAGAGGGCGUCAAAGAUUAUGCUUACGUCGAGGUCAUGGCUUGUCCAGGCGGAUGUACAAACGGUGGUGGACAAGUCAAGGUUCAGGAAGUAGAAGAAGUACGCGUCUACGAAGGGGUUCAAGAAGCGAAUGAAGAUGCGCCCGCACCGAAGCCAGGACCGAAGGAGCAGAAAGAGUGGCUCGCAAGGGUAGACGAGGCCUACUUCUCGGGCAGCGAUUCGGAAGACGAGGCAAAUGCGCGAACGAACGGUCACAGUCCCGAGCAUGAUGUCGUUGAUGGUAUAUCGAGAUCACGUAUGAAGGAUCUCAUGGCACAUUGGGCCGGCAUUACGGGCGUCGAUCAACAGAAGCUGAUAUACACAUCGUAUAUCAAAGUAGAAAGCGAUGUUGGCAAAAAGAAGCAAAGCGAUAUGGAACGUGUUGCUGGAUUGGCCGUGACCGCUGGCGGCGGAUGGUAAAGCUUUGUUUACGAAAGAACGAACAUAUUAGACACGGGCAUGAGCAUUGGGUGGCGUUCUUUCUACACGUAUAGAACCGGAGCUGGCCGUGCAAUAAUGCAUUCGCAUCGGUUAUGGGUUUCUUUGAAAAUCAAAUAUAUCUCAUCAUUGAUCAGGAUUAUCGGAUUUGGCAUGCUGCAAGACACUUGAAGCCGCUUUUUCUAUAUUGCAUGUCAAGGUACGACUUGCAUUCUCACUGUAACCUCAGCGCAUCCUUUUGCUUUCUUUUUUUUUCAGCCGGUAAUAUCCCCCUUUCAUGCUACCAACCUCUG